AUGAAACACCACGAAGCUACGCUAUAUCGUCAAGUUCUGCAACAUGUGGCACAACAAUCAGAGAAGAAUCUACACGAUGCACAGGAAAGAUUAGUCCAACGCUCGUCUGAAUUUGAAGACACCACUCUGACAUCGAGCGAAAACCCACAAAUAGAGGAGCUAAAGACCCUCGCGUUGCAUAAGGAUAAGGAUGCUUGUGCAUUGGAGCUACGUGCAACACUCGCAAAACUCCAUGAAGCGAACCUCUCCUGCGAAUUACUCCAGAAAUCUAUUCAGGAAGCCACCAUCAAGCUCGCAACGGCGACGGAGAAUAUCACAAUGGCACGGGGCCUUGUUCGUAGUCAGGGGAUGAGUGCUCUCCUCUGGGAACGGUGCGAGACUUGCAAAGAGAUGAUAAAAUCCGGUUGUGAGUAG